AUGAAUUCACUCGUUGGGGAUAGUCCACAGCCUCUCGCAUCUCUUGAUGAUACUACCGCUAGUUAUAACUUUGAUGCGUCUUUUAAUGAUGAUUUGGUCGAACAGAAACCUUCAAAAAUCCUUAAGACAACUCACAUAUCGCCAAAAUUACAUCCUCUUUCUUCUUCCAAUCCUCCUCCCCCAAAACCUCAGCCAUCUUCAAGAAUUCUUUCUUUCGAAAAGACAGGUUUGAAAGCUAUGAAUCAGAACUCCCCAAACUUAGUAUUUACCACCAAGGAAGAAGUUGGCUCACCAGAGCUGAUCACAAGAGGUACAAAGAGGGCCCAACCCUUUACUCGAAGCCAAUCAAAUGCUCAAGAUCACAUACUCGCAGAGAGAAAACGGAGAGAGAAGCUUACUGAGAGAUUUGUAGCGCUUUCCGCUCUAAUUCCUGGCCUAAAGAAGAUGGACAAGGCUUCUGUGUUGGGAGAUGCUAUAAAGCAUAUAAAGUACCUCCAAGAGAGUGUAAAAGAGUAUGAAGAGCAAAAGAAGGAAAGAACAAUGGAAUCAAUGGUUCUCGUGAAGAAGUCUCAGCUAGCUUUGGAUGAUAAUCAACAACUGUCACCAUCUUCCUCGGAUGGAAACCAUGACUUCUCGAGCUCAAAUCUUCCAGAGAUGGAAGUGAGGGUUUCGGGAAAAGAUGUUCUUAUUAAGAUCCUUUGUGAGAAGCAAAAAGGUCAUGUGAUCAAGAUUAUGGGUGAGAUUGAGAAGCUUGGUUUGUCUAUCACCAAUAGCAGCGUCUUGCCCUUUGGACCCACGUUUGACAUCUCUAUUAUCGCUAAGAAAACAAGCGAUUUUGAAAUGAAAAUUGAGGAUGUUGCGAAGAGCUUGAGUUGUGGCUUAUCAAAGUUCAUGUGA